AUGUCGACCCCUGGUAUGCUCUACGUUACCAUGCAGCCCAAGCCAGGGCUGUCUCUGGAUCAAUUCCACGAGUGGUAUAAUAACGAGCACGGACCGACCCGCCUCCGUCUCCCCCAGAUCUUCUCCAACGGUCUCCGAUACAAGGCGACCGACGACUUGGAGCCAACCUUUCUCGCCGCAUACGACGUGACGUCAAUGUCGCACCUCGAGACCGAGACCUACUUGACAUUGCGCGCGAACCGUUCUCCCAGAGAGGCCGAGACAAUUGGUCAGGUGGAUGUGAAGCGAUACUUUUUCGAUCUGGUGCAUACCAAGGAGUCGCAGGACUUUGUUCCCCUCGAGAAGCUGUCUGAUAAAGAGGCAGAGGGUAUCCAGACGACCGCUGUCGAUAUUCAGCUGAAAGACGUUGAAGGAGCUGGUGAACAAUACGAAAAGUGGGUCAUUGAGGAGCACAUUGAGAUGCUGGCCAAGGUCCCGGGUUGGUUGCGCUCGCGCAUCUUCAAGACGUCGUAUCUCGAGGGGGAGGGCAAGACGAGCUACUAUGCGCUGCACGACUAUGCCAAGGUGAACGGUCAAGGCGGAAAGGAGCACAAGGCGUCGAUGGACACUCCCUGGCGCACUGAAGUCUUUGACAAGUAUGUCGCUUCCAAGGGCCGCCGGACUUACUCGCUCUUCUACGUCUUUGGUCCGGCUCCGCGAGAGUUGUCUUCGCUCUCGAAGCUUCCUUCAACAGCUGCAUUUAUCUCUUCCGACUCCAAGACCAAGACAACGCCGGGACCCAAUGCGGUUGUUGAGUCCUACAUCACUACCUCUGAUUCUCUCACAAUCCCUUAUCGGCUAGAGGGAAACCCGGAUCUCCAUGCUCCAACAGUUGCGUUCAGCAACUCCCUGCUGACAUCUCUGCACAUGUGGGAUCCAUUCAUUGAGAUUCUCAAGCGUGAGAGACCUGAUCUUCGCAUCCUGCGAUAUGAUACCCGUGGUCGACACUCGGUGCCUCAGCCUCCUGUUGCUGCCACCAUGGAUAACCUGGCGGAUGAUCUUCUCACGGUGCUCGAUGCCCUACGCAUCACCAAGCUUGACAUUCUCAUUGGAGUUUCCAUGGGCGGAGCCACCACGCUCAACUUUGCCAUCAAAUACCCUGAGCGUGUUGGAAAGUUUGUCGCCUGCGAUUUCAACACCACCUCGAGCCCGGCAAACACUCAAGCCUGGAAGGAUCGCACAGCAAUUGCCGAAGAGGACAAUGGCAAGGGAAUCAACAAGCUUGCCGGGCAGACCGUCUCACGAUGGUUCCACCCUGCAACCGUGGAGAACAAGACCGAGACUGUCAAGUGGAUGACAGAUCUCGUGGCCACCAACAGCGUCGAGGGUUUCAAGUACAGCUGCACUGCGCUCUGGGACUACGACCUGAAGCCUAAGAUGGGAGGCUGCAAGGUGCCUGGGUUGUUCGUCGUGGGCGAAGGUGACGCCAAUGGUGCCCUGGUCAAGGCGAUGGAUGGGUUCAAGGGAUUGCUUGGCGAUAAGGGAGCAGAACUCAAGAUUGUGCCCCAAACGGGCCAUCUCCCCAUGAGUGAGGAUCCACAAGCCUUCUGGGAAGCUGUUAGGGAGUUCCUGUAG